AUGACCGCUGCCCAGAAACACACUUCCACCCAUCCCGCGGUGCCUCCGGAACGACGCACCAACGCUCACGUCAAAGUGGGGUCGAAAACUACACCAAAGCGCUACGCACGCUCUGGCGUCGGACCAUUCAGUCUCUGUAAUCGCCUCACAGCCAAGCAAGCCUACGACCAGCUCUCCGUAGACAUGAAGGAUGUCUUCAGCGGCUCUAUGCCAUACGCGCUGUUCUUGAACAAAUUUCAUCCUGCUCGCUCCGACCGACCUCCCUUGCCCAAGCUCAACUUCACGGUCAUGUUGCGCCGCGAGUUGGGAGAGACGACUGGCGGAUAUCAACAAGGCAGAGAUACUGUCUCCGAUGUCUGUCGCGCUAUCAAUGUCAGCGGGGUCUGCCCGUCUAUUGAGUUUAUCAGCACCGAGAACGUUUACAUCAAUAUGGACGGGAGUCUAGCUGAGGGAGACCCUCGCGAUAAAUUGAAGGUAGACGCUAGCGGCAUGGCCAAGGCUUCCAACUCUCAGUCUCAGCACUCAAACGACGGCCAAUCCUCCGUGAUCAUCACCCCCAAGUGGGAGCGCAUGCGUGUUACGAUGGAGUUCAAGCUUUUGGCGGAGGAUGUCGUGGUGGACCCAGAUACGGAGGUGGAAGAGGCUGAGAGAAAACUACAGGGUGUCGUUCAUCAAACUGAGAGAGCUCACCUUGCUCGCGGCCAGGCGUCAACCUAUGUCCUCCACCAGUUCGGUCGUCAGUCUCGCACCUCUGUUACGUCGAUCCUGAUCCUCGAGAACUGGGCUCGCUUGCUCCGCUACGAUCAUGCCGGCGUUGUGGUUUCUGAGCGCUUCGACUGGCGUGCUAAUGACGGCGAGCUUCUGGCCGAGUUCCUCUCCCGUCUCGAGCAUGGCACACCUCAGGAGGAGGGCAUCGACGACUCUGUUGGAGAUCUCUCCGUCUUCGGCGGUGAGGACUCGGACGUCGUCAAGGACGCGCGCAAGGCGAUGCAGGAGUUCUCGGACGGCAUGAUCGCCGUGCCCAUCACCGACGAUGCCCCGUUGCGCUCUGUUGAAUGUUGGGACGACAGCCAGCUCGGCGACGAUGGUAUGCCAAAGUCGCGGACGCUCAUCGCUACACAGCCCUUGGGGCUCAACUUCUCCAUCGUCGGUCGUUACACCGUCAGCUUCAUCGGCUACGACGUCGAGAAGCAUUGCGCGUACUGGGUCAAGGACUCCUGGCCGAUCAACGACCCCGAGUUCACGAAGGAGGGCAAGAUAUACAAGCGGCUGGUGGAUGCGGGCGUCCCUCAUCUCGCUGAAGUCGAAUGCGCUGGCGAAGUUCGUUGGAAGGCGAACAAGACCGUGCAGAGGACCCGGACGGACGAGUUCGUCAAGGAGGGUUGGUCGGGCCUGACCGCGAACGUCCACCCGCUCUCCCACUAUCGCAUCCUCUUCAGGGACAUUGGACGGCCGGUCAGCAAGUUCGAGUGUACGCAACAGCUUGUCACGGCUCUUUCGCACGCCGUCAAAGCGCACUCCGUUGCAUACGAGAAGGCUCGCGUCUUGCAUAGGGACAUCUCCCCCAACAACAUCUUGAUCAAGAGGAACGGGGACGGAAUGCUCAUUGACUGGGAUCUCGCCCUUCUGUACGCCAACCUCCAAAAGGACUUGACUAAUCGCAAACCACGUAUGUUAUGGAGAACAGGAACUUGGGCAUUCCUCUCCGUCGCACUCCUCAGGAAACCGUUCGACCGCACGCAUGAGCUCAGCGAUGACCUGGAGUCUUUCUUCUGGGUACUCCUCUACGUUGUGCUGCGUUACCGAUACAGUCCAGGGAAAUGGAUCGGGGCAGCGAGCGACGGCGACUUCCAAGCGUACAUGCUUACACUCUUCGAGUCCAAAUCGAUCCGUGCUGACGGAGUUACACUCGGCGGGGACCACAAGUGCAACUUUUUGGCGAUGACGCAGGACCACCUCACGACCCCGGAGCUCAUGGUCUUGAGGGACGUAGCCAACAAGAACAUGCCUCUUCCUCUUCGGCAAUUGAUCCUCACUCUGCGCGGAGACCUUCGCCAGUUCUAUGCUGACGUGCAGGCGGCCGAAGAAGCCGCUGAGAUCGCGAUCGCUGCAGCUGAGCUUGCUGUGAACGAUGCCGAUGAUGACGACGGAGAAGAUGAUGACGAUGAUGAUGGCGACGCGCUUCCCGAGCCGCCACGUCCCCCUGUCGCCACGCCGUCACCCGCAUUGCCUUCGACAAUUCGCACGAUCCCUACCCGUUUCGACACAUCCGAGUACCUCCUCGCGCGCUUUGACGAGGCCGCUGCAGCCAAAUGGCCGCGUCGCAAGGAACCGGAUUCGUCCCUCGACCGCUUCCCCUUCAUCCACCUUCCCCCGCAGACCCGCCAAAGUCUUCAGGAAAAGUCAGAACCGGUUCACCCUACGCGCAGUGACCAACCCCAGCAGAGACGUGCACAUGACCCGUCCAACGACUUGCGCGUCCGGCCUACUCGCGAACAGGCGGCGGAAGACGCGAAGGCGCGCGCAGGAGGCGAUUACUAUACCCUUCCAUUGCCUGGGCGCUCGGAGUCGCCUCGCGGGCAGAAGCGGACGCGUGAGAGCGCGCUUGAGUCCAUCCCCGAAGACGGAGAGAGGGAGGCCAAGAUGGCCAAGUACGAGAUGCAGACGAUUACUCUAAAGCGUCAAGACGCUGGGCCACCCAAUGAGGUCUUCGUCCGAGACGCCGAAGAUAACAUCGUCAAGGACGCAGAGGGGCGAUCGAAGAAGACCGAGGCCUGGAGUGCGCCGGGGCUCACUAGAUUCUUAUAG